AUGAACCAGUCCAUCGGAGGAGAGAACAAUCCUAUAGAUGUUGAUCUUACAAACCAUCCAGAGGAGCCGACAAGUUCCGGGCAAAAUGAAAAUAACCUACGCUCUGAUCAAAAUCUACUGUACACAGAAAACGCUGCAGAGCCAACAAGAAUGUCAACAUGUGGUCACGACUCACCCAGUAGUCAAGGUCAAGACACAAUGGAGGUCACGUACGUAGCUGGCACUGAACCGACGCGUACAAGUCAGCCUGGUAUCACAGACAGACAUUAUGAUACGGCAGAUAAUUGCGAUAUUCCCGACCCAGCAGCCACUGAUGUUUAUUUUGUAUCUGACACGAUCCAUGCUGAAAACUCCGCCGUGUACACAGCCUCGGGCGAAAAUGAAGAAAGUGGCAACGCUAAUGGAAACAAUGACGAGGAAACUCAAGUCAGGCAAGCAGGCAGUACAGUGACUGACGAUGGUGAUAUCGAACCGUACGCUGUUGGAAACAUGAGCGAUCACGAAAACUAUCUCAACAAAACAAAACACGUUGGCCAACAAACAGAUGGCACCACUGUACCUGCACACAAUCUUCACAAUCCUCCAAACGAAACGGAAUUUGAAAACCCAAUGUACAGAGCAGACGUGCAACAGGCCUCUGAUGACAGCAGGUCUGACUCUGAUGCACACAAACCUCGCGAUCCUCAACACGUCAAACAACUUCACGAAACGGUCAGGCAGUGCGAGAAGAAAAAUAUCAGGCUGUCAUGUGCAGUGGACCAGUUGAUCGUAAUCCAAGACGCCUUCUACGGCCGGAGAGGAAAACGUCCUAGCUGUGGAUGUAUUUUCAGGUCUUGUAACAAGUGUCAAAAAGGCUACAGGCCACAUUCUACUGUCAGAAAAAGAUGUCAGGGGUUACAACGGUGUGACCUGCGAGUAGUACGACAUAACUUUGGUGACCCCUGUCCGCGCAAAAAGAAGUACCUGGAGGCAACGUACCACUGUGAAGAAAAGAAAGAGAGCAUCAGCUUUGGUGGGCAAGGAAAGGGUUCCUAUCAGUUUCAGAAUGUUGCGGGACUGGCCGUGUCCUCCACUAACGAGAUAUUUGUAGCUGACCAAAACAACAGAAGAAUCAAGAUCUUCAGCAUGAAGGGAGUUUUCCUUCGCAGUUUCCCCAUAAGAAACAUGGUACCACAGGCCAUAUCCACAGGCCGCAACGAUACCCUGUGGGUCGCCUUGUAUGGAGGUCAGAAAAAUUCCCUUUACAAAAAUGCUAUUCAUCAGUACAGCAAAGAUGGCCAUUCCCUUGCCAAGUUCAGUUGCAACAGAGGACUUAGAAUCCGUGGGAUUGCCUGGCACCCGCUUUCUGACAAAAUCAUAGUACUCUUUCUGACAGCAUCAAUGCGCUCAGGGUCAAUGUGGUUUAGUCCUACUUACACACAGGCGACCCCAACAUGUAACACAACCAGGUUUGGAUCGACAAGAGGACAGUUUUGGUUUGUCGCCGUGGACAAGAAAGGGGACAUCUUCAUCGUAGAUACGAGAGGCUCUCGUGUUCUUAAGUAUGACAAGAAUGGAGUCUACGUGUCCAGUUUUGCCAGUAAAGGUAGUGGAGCAGGGAAACUUUAUAAUCCCUCAGGAAUCUGUGUGGACAGUUUGGGGCGUGUGGUCGUGGCUGAUACUUUGAACAACCGGUUGGAGAUGUUUACAGCUGAGGGAGAACACAUCCGCACUGCCGCGUAUAUACAUAAACCCAAGCAUGUUGCUAUAGGUGGGGAGGGGCAGCUUGUGGUGUCAAAUCAGGAUCACUUUGUAACCAUCUUGCUAAAAUAUCAGAAACACACCAUUUUGUUGGUUACGAAGCAUUUUCAAGGAUAG